AUGGUCACUACUACCGUAACGCAGGAUUGGUGCAUAGGAGAACUUCCUGUUAGACAAUGUUUAAACUAUGUAUCAACUUUACUAGGAAGAGAAAAGAGCUGGGAGCCAAAUUGUACAAGUCUAUUUAGUCAUUUUUUUAUCUUCUUGAUCCACUCAACAGAUCUACCACCCAACCACCACCGUUGGCCUCCAGCCUGAAGGUGGCGCUCUGCUCUCACCUGUUUCCACUCCAACUCCUCCCUGGGCGGCUGAGGGACGGGGAGGGCGGUGAAGGAGUCCAGGAAGGGCACCUAACAAUAAUAAUAUUAUUAAUAUUGUUAUUAUUAUUAUUGUUGUUAUUAUUAUCGUUAGGAAGAGCACCUGGAGGGCGUCGGUGGGGCUCGGCAUGCUGGGAGAAAGGCAGGGGCGCGGACUGAGGCGGGACGACCUCCGGGGGGAGCACAGCGAGGACGAGGAGGAGCAGCUGCCCUGUCUGGUGAGGUGACAUCUCUUCUUGGGGGUCUUGCCAUGGUCCUGACCCCUGCUCCUACACCGGGGGCUCUCUGGCUGGCCCUGACCCCUGCUCCUACACCGGGGGCUCUCUGGCUGGCCCUGACCCCUGCUCCUACACCGGGGACUCUCUGGCUGGCCCUGACCCCUGCACCUACAUCCGGGGCUCUCUGAUUGGCCCUGAGUAGAGUAGAGUAGAGAAUCUUUAUUAUCCCUGAGGGUUAAUUUGCUUUACCGCUGAUAGUCAAUAAAACACACAUAUAUAAAAUAAAACAAGAACAUAAUGUAAUACUGAACAUCCUCUGUAUCAGGUACUGACCCUUCUACUGCUCCUAGUCACCUCCAUCCUACUGUAUCAGGAACUGACCUGUCUACUGCUCCUAGUCACCUCCAUCCUACUGUAUCAGGAACUGACCUGUCUACUGCUCCUAGUCACCUCCAUCCUACUGUAUCAGGAACUGACCUGUCUACUGCUCCUAGUCACCUCCAUCCUACUGUAUCAGGAACUGACCUGUCUACUGCUCCUAGUCAUCCUACUGUAUCAGGAACUGACCUGUCUACUGCUCCUAGUCAUCCUACUGUAUCAGGAACUGACCUGCCUACUGCUCCUAGUCACCUCCAUCCUACUGUAUCAGGAACUGACCUGUCUACUGCUCCUAGUCAUCCUACUGUAUCAGGAACUGACCUGUCUACUGCUCCUAGUCAUCCUACUGUAUCAGGAACUGACCUGUCUACUGCUCCUAGUCACCUCCAUCCUACUGUAUCAGGAACUGACCUGUCUACUGCUCCUAGUCAUCCUACUGUAUCAGGAACUGACCUGUCUACUGCUCCUAGUCACCUCCAUCCUACUGUAUCAGGAACUGACCUGUCUACUGCUCCUAGUCAUGAUACUGUAUCAGGAACUGACGUUUCUACUGCUCCUAGUCACCUCCAUCCUACUGUAUCAGGAACUGACCUGUCUACUGCUCCUAGUCAUCCUACUGUAUCAGGAACUGACCUGUCUACUGCUCCUAGUCAUCCUACUGUAUCAGGAACUGACCUGUCUACUGCUCCUAGUCAUCCUACUGUAUCAGGAACUGACCUUUCUACUGCUCCUAGUCACCUCCAUCCUACUGUAUCAGGAACUGACCUGUCUACUGCUCCUAGUCAUCCUACUGUAUCAGGAACUGACCUGUCUACUGCUCCUAGUCAUCCUACUGUAUCAGGAACUGACCUGUCUACUGCUCCUAGUCAUACUACUGUAUCAGGAACUGACCUGUCUACUGCUCCUAGUCAUCCUACUGUAUCAGGAACUGACCUGUCUACUGCUCCUAGUCAUCCUACUGUAUCAGGAACUGAGCUGUCUACUGCUCCUAGUCAUCCUACUGUAUCAGGAACUGACCUGUCUACUGCUCCUAGUCACCUCCAUCCUACUGUAUCAGGAACUGACCUGUCUACUGCUCCUAGUCAAUCUACUGUAUCAGGAACUGACCUGUCUACUGCUCCUAGUCAUCCUACUGUAUCAGGAACUGACCUGUCUACUGCUCCUAGUCAUCCUACUGUAUCAGGAACUGACCUGUCUACUGCUCCUAGUCAUCCUACUGUAUCAGGAACUGACCUGUCUACUGCUCCUAGUCACCUCCAUCCUACUGUAUCAGGAACUGACCUGUCUACUGCUCCUAGUCAUCCUACUGUAUCAGGAACUGACCUGUCUACUGCUCCUAGUCACCUCCAUCCUACUGUAUCAGGAACUGACCUGUCUACUGCUCCUAGUCAUCCUACUGUAUCAGGAACUGACGUUUCUACUGCUCCUAGUCACCUCCAUCCUACUGUAUCAGGAACUGACCUGUCUACUGCUCCUAGUCAUCCUACUGUAUCAGGAACUGACCUGUCUGCUGCUCCUAGUCAUCCUACUGUAUCAGGAACUGACCUGUCUACUGCUCCUAGUCACCUCCAUCCUACUGUAUCAGGAACUGACCUGUCUACUGCUCCUAGUCAUCCUACUGUAUCAGGAACUGACCUUUCUACUGCUCCUAGUCACCUCCAUCCUACUGUAUCAGGAACUGACCUGUCUACUGCUCCUAGUCAUCCUACUGUAUCAGGAACUGACCUGUCUACUGCUCCUAGUCAUCCUACUGUAUCAGGAACUGACCUGUCUACUGCUCCUAGUCAUCCUACUGUAUCAGGAACUGACCUGUCUACUGCUCCUAGUCAUCCUACUGUAUCAGGAACUGACCUGUCUACUGCUCCUAGUCAUCCUACUGUAUCAGGAACUGAGCUGUCUACUGCUCCUAGUCAUCCUACUGUAUCAGGAACUGACCUGUCUACUGCUCCUAGUCACCUCCAUCCUACUGUAUCAGGAACUGACCUGUCUACUGCUCCUAGUCAAUCUACUGUAUCAGGAACUGACCUGUCUACUGCUCCUAGUCAUCCUACUGUAUCAGGAACUGACCUGUCUACUGCUCCUAGUCAUCCUACUGUAUCAGGAACUGACCUGUCUACUGCUCCUAGUCAUCCUACUGUAUCAGGAACUGACCUGUCUACUGCUCCUAGUCACCUCCAUCCUACUGUAUCAGGAACUGACCUGUCUACUGCUCCUAGUCACCUCCAUCCUACUGUAUCAGGAACUGACCUGUCUACUGCUCCUAGUCACCUCCAUCCUACUGUAUCAGGAACUGACCUGUCUACUGCUCCUAGUCAUCCUACUGUAUCAGGAACUGACCUGUCUACUGCUCCUAGUCACCUCCAUCCUACUGUAUCAGGAACUGACCUGUCUACUGCUCCUAGUCAUCCUACUGUAUCAGGAACUGACCUGUCUACUGCUCCUAGUCAUACUGCUGUAUCAGGAACUGACCUGUCUACUGCUCCUAUUCAUCCUACUGUAUCAGGAACUGAGCUGUCUACUGCUCCUAGUCAUCCUACUGUAUCAGGAACUGACCUUUCUACUGCUCCUAGUCAUCCUACUGUAUCAGGAACUGACCUGUCUACUGCUCCUAGUCAUCCUACUGUAUCAGGAACUGACCUGUCUACUGCUCCUAGUCAUCCUACUGUAUCAGGAACUGACCUUUCUACUGCUCCUAGUCAUCCUACUGUAUCAGGAACUGACCUGUCUACUGCUCCUAGUCAUCCUACUGUAUCAGGAACUGACCUGUCUACUGCUCCUAGUCACCUCCAUCCUACUGCAUCAGGAACUGACCUGUCUACUGCUCCUAGUCAUCCUACUGUAUCAGGAACUGACCUGUCUACUGCUCCUAGUCACCUCCAUCCUACUGUAUCAGGAACUGACCUGUCUACUGCUCCUAGUCAUCCUACUGUAUCAGGAACUGACCUGUCUACUGCUCCUAGUCAUGCUACUGUAUCAGGAACUGACCUGUCUACUGCUCCUAGUCAUCCUACUGUAUCAGGAACUGACCUGUCUACUGCUCCUAGUCAUGCUACUGUAUCAGGAACUGACCUGUCUACUGCUCCUAGUCACCUCCAUCUUACCGUAUCAGGAACUGACCUGUCUACUGCUCCUAGUCAUCCUACUGUAUCAGGAACUGACCUGUCUACUGCUCCUAGUCAUCCUACUGUAUCAGGAACUGACCUGUCUACUGCUCCUAGUCAUCCUACUGUAUCAGGAACUGACCUGUCUACUGCUCCUAGUCACCUCCAUCCUACUGUAUCAGGAACUGACCUGUCUACUGCUCCUAGUCAUGCUACUGUAUCAGGAACUGACCUGUCUACUGCUCCUAGUCAUCCUACUGUAUCAGGAACUGACCUGUCUACUGCUCCUAGUCAUCCUACUGUAUCAGGAACUGACCUGUCUACUGCUCCUAGUCACCUCCAUCCUACUGUAUCAGGAACUGACCUGUCUACUGCUCCUAGUCAUCCUACUGUAUCAGGAACUGACCUGUCUACUGCUCCUAGUCACCUCCAUCCUACUGUAUCAGGAACUGACCUGUCUACUGCUCCUAGUCAUCCUACUGUAUCAGGAACUGACCUGUCUACUGCUCCUAGUCAUCCUACUGUAUCAGGAACUGACCUGUCUACUGCUCCUAGUCAUCCUACUGUAUCAGGUACUGACCUGUCUACUGCUCCUAGUCACCUCCAUCCUACUGUAUCAGGAACUGACCUGUCUACUGCUCCUAGUCACCUCCAUCCUACUGUAUCAGGAACUGACCUGUCUACUGCUCCUAGUCAUCCUACUGUAUCAGGAACUGACCUGUCUACUGCUCCUAGUCACCUCCAUCCUACUGUAUCAGGAACUGACCUGUCUACUGCUCCUAGUCAUCCUACUGUAUCAGGAACUGACCUGUCUACUGCUCCCAGUCACCUCCAUGCUACUGUAUCAGGAACUGACCUGUCUACUGCUCCUAGUCACCUCCAUCCUACUGUAUCAGGAACUGACCUGUCUACUGCUCCUAGUCACCUCCAUCCUACUGUAUCAGGAACUGACCUGUCUACUGCUUCUAGUCAUCCUACUGUAUCAGGAACUGACCUGUCUACUGCUCCUAGUCAUCCUACUGUAUCAGGAACUGACCUGUCUACUGCUCCUAGUCAUCCUACUGUAUCAGGAACUGACCUGUCUACUGCUCCUAGUCAUCCUACUGUAUCAGGAACUGACCUGUCUACUGCUCCUAGUCACCUCCAUCCUACUGUAUCAGGAACUGACCUGUCUACUGCUCCUAGUCAUCCUACUGUAUCAGGAACUGACCUGUCUACUGCUCCUAGUCAUCCUACUGUAUCAGGUACUGACCUGUCUACUGCUCCUAGUCACCUCCAUCCUACUGUAUCAGGAACUGACCUGUCUACUGCUCCUAGUCACCUCCAUCCUACUGUAUCAGGAACUGACCUGUCUACUGCUCCUAGUCAUCCUACUGUAUCAGGAACUGACCUGUCUACUGCUCCUAGUCAUCCUACUGUAUCAGGAACUGACCUGUCUACUGCUCCUAGUCACCUCCAUCCUACUGUAUCAGGAACUGACCUGUCUACUGCUCCUAGUCAUCCUACUGUAUCAGGAACUGACCUGUCUACUGCUCCUAGUCAUCCUACUGUAUCAGGAACUGACCUGUCUACUGCUCCUAGUCAUCCUACUGUAUCAGGAACUGACCUGUCUACUGCUCCUAGUCACCUCCAUCCUACUGUAUCAGGAACUGACCUGUCUACUGCUCCUAGUCAUCCUACUGUAUCAGGAACUGACCUGUCUACUGCUCCUAGUCAUCCUACUGUAUCAGGAACUGACCUGUCUACUGCUCCUAGUCAUCCUACUGUAUCAGGAACUGACCUGGCUACUGCUCCUAGUCAUCCUACUGUAUCAGGAACUGACCUGA